AGAAAAGACGGGAUGAACGAUUGAAAGAGCUAGAAAAAAACGAAAAAUUAUUUUCAAAAACACUCGAUGAAGUAAAAAAUUUCCUUAACGGAUUAGAAAAAGAUCAAAAAUUCAUGCUUGAAUUUACUGAAGACUUAAAAGAGUGA